AUGGGCGUUGUAUCCUUCUUCAAGGCCAGGUCGCUCAAGGCCGACGACAAGAACCGCACAAAAGCUGCUGAGCUGACACUGAGAGAGUCCCUCUUCCCAAUCGCCCUCGUCACCGUCCUGUUUUUCCUCUGGGGAUUCAGUUACGGCCUGCUCGACACGCUCAACAAGCAUUUCCAGAACACGCUCCAUAUCGACCAGGCGCGUUCCUCUGGUCUGCAGGCCGCUUACUUUGGCGCAUAUCCAUUGGCCUCUCUCGGACACGCCGCCUGGAUUCUCCGUCACUAUGGAUACAGAGCCGUCUUCAUCUGGGGUCUUUUCCUGUACGCUGUAGGCGCUGCCAUUGCCAUCCCCUGCAUCAAGGCCAAGUCGUUUGGAGGCUUUUGCGCCUCCAUCUUCAUCAUCGGCAAUGGCCUUGGCUCUCUGGAGACUGCCGCCAAUCCUUUCAUCACAGUUUGCGGCCCACCGAAGUACUCUGAGAUCCGAAUCAACGUUUCCCAGGCUUUCAACGGUAUUGGCACAGUGAUUGCCCCCGUCCUUGGUUCAUACGUCUUCUUCAACUUCAGCGACGAGCGUGCGCUUCAGAACGUGCAAUGGGUUUACCUGGCCAUUGUUGUCUUUGUUCUCCUCUUGGCGACUAUGUUCUUCCUCGCCAAGAUCCCCGAGAUUACGAAUGCUGAUAUGGCAUUCCAAGCCGAAGAGGCCCACGGCAGCUCGGAUGACCAGCCACUUUGGAAGCAGUACAGACUUUUCCACGCCGCGCUUGCCCAGUUCUGCUAUACCGGUGCCCAGGUUGCUAUCGCCAGUUCCUUCAUCAACUAUGCCGUGGCAACUAGACCGGGAACUUCGAACAGUCUUGGCUCUAAGCUGUUUGCCGGUGCCCAGGCCGCUUUCGCCAUCGGUCGAUUUACGGGAAGUGGUAUAAUGCGGUUUGUGAAGCCAAGAUGGAUCUUCCUCGUCUUCAUCAGCAUGUGCAUCAUCUUCAUUUGCCCAGCCAUCACUCAAAAGAACAACACCGGUGUCGCUAUGCUCUACGUUGUCCUCUUUUUCGAGUCUGUCUGCUUCCCCACCAUUGUUGCCCUUGGAAUGCGUGGUCUCGGCAGACACACCAAGCGUGGCAGUGGCUUCAUCGUCGGCGGUGUUGUCGGUGGUGCCUGUGUACCCCCCUUGACCUUUGUGGCUGCAGAGCGUCAGGGCAGCGGCAUUAGCAUGGUCGUCCCCCUAUCUUUCCUCAUCGUGGCCUGGUCGUAUGCCUUCUGCGUCAACUUUGUGCCUGCGUAUCGGGAUGUCGUCGAUGCCUUUAGCGAGACCGAGGUUGGCACCCAGGGCCACACGAACGAUGAGGAGAUUGCGGAGAAGCUGGACCAUGAGAAGCCCGUGGUCACUACUGUCCAGUAA